UGGGGAAUGUUGUAGAUACGGCAUUGAAUAGAGACACUUAACAUUGUGUUCUGUGAAGUUGGUACUUGUCAGAAGUUGAUAAAACCGUUUUGAAGAGAACAAAACAGUUGUCAAAAUAGAGAAUCCUGACGAUGGAGAUGGAGGACAGUAAAGGUGGUUCUGGUCUCCGGCAAUACUAUCUGUCUAAAAUCGAAGAGUUACAGUUGACAGUGAAUGACAAAAGUCAGAAUCUCAGACGUCUACAGGCUCAGAGGAAUGAACUCAAUGCAAAAGUGCGUCUCCUUCGUGAGGAGCUGCAGUUGCUACAGGAGCAAGGUUCAUAUGUUGGAGAGGUGGUGAGGGCCAUGGACAAAAAGAAAGUGCUGGUCAAGGUCCAUCCAGAGGGGAAAUUUGUCGUAGAUGUGGAUAAGAACAUUGACAUCAAUGAUGUGACUCCAAAUUGCCGUGUGGCGCUGCGCAACGACAGCUACACCCUGCACAAGAUCCUGCCCAACAAGGUGGACCCGCUGGUCUCACUCAUGAUGGUGGAGAAGGUACCUGACUCCACCUACGAGAUGAUUGGUGGCCUGGACAAGCAGAUCAAGGAGAUCAAGGAAGUGAUCGAGCUGCCAGUCAAGCACCCAGAGCUCUUCGAGGCUCUCGGCAUUGCACAGCCCAAGGGUGUGCUGCUGUACGGACCCCCAGGCACAGGGAAGACCCUGCUGGCCAGAGCCGUGGCCCACCACACCGACUGCACCUUUAUCAGGGUUUCUGGCUCGGAGCUGGUGCAGAAGUUUAUUGGAGAGGGUGCCCGCAUGGUGCGCGAGCUGUUCGUCAUGGCCCGCGAGCAUGCGCCCUCUAUCAUCUUCAUGGACGAGAUUGACUCGAUCGGCUCGUCGCGUCUGGAGGGGGGCAGCGGGGGCGACAGCGAGGUGCAGAGGACCAUGCUGGAGCUGCUGAACCAGCUGGAUGGCUUCGAGGCCACCAAGAACAUCAAAGUCAUCAUGGCCACCAACCGUAUUGACAUCCUGGACUCUGCCCUGCUCCGGCCCGGCCGCAUCGACAGGAAAAUAGAGUUCCCACCUCCCAAUGAAGAGGCUCGUUUGGACAUCCUGAAGAUCCACUCAAGGAAGAUGAACCUGACGCGUGGUAUUAACCUGAGGAAGAUUGCAGAGCUGAUGCCAGGAGCCUCCGGGGCUGAGGUUAAGGGUGUGUGCACAGAGUCUGGGAUGUACGCCCUCAGGGAGAGGAGAGUGCACGUCAACCAGGAGGACUUUGAGAUGGCUGUUGCCAAGGUGAUGCAGAAGGACAGCGAGAAGAACAUGUCCAUUAAGAAACUCUGGAAGUAGAACUUUGCGAUUUUUUUUUUUUGGACCCCAACGCAGAUAUUUACCCGCAGUCACAUGUAUAUUUUUCUUCUUUUGUUUAGGGUUGGUUUAUAAUUGUUACCUAGUUCAUUCUA